AAGGUAGAAGAAGAAGAAGGGGCAAAACGAAGAAGAAGAAGAAUCAGCAGCAGAAGCAGAGCGCAGCCAAUUAUUUUCCGAAUUGAAUUGCGAAAAACCCGUGUAGCGUGUCCUAUCCGGAACCAGGAGAACCCAACCGCAGUGGCGCACCUCCGGAAUGGCCACGGAGCAGCAUCACCAGCAGCGCGUCCUCAAGCAAGAUGGCUACUUGGAUCUGGGCGACUGUAAUAGCGCUCCAGCUCGGCCCUUCGAGAUGCGCAACGUCGUCUAUCAUCCGCAACUGAAUGUGCUCCUGCUCUUCGACAACGGCAGCACGGUCAAGGUCCUGGACGCCAACUCCGGAGUGAUCCUGCAGACCUAUCAGCUCAGCUCUAGUGGCGACAGCGUCGUUCAUGGUCGGUAUAUGCCCCUGCAGGACAAGAUCUUGUUCUGGGAUGGUCAUAAUCUCGGACUGCGAGGCGACUACAACGGCGUCCUGCUGCUGGACACCAUUCUGCAGGCGCCGAUUGGCCAAAACGACGACUACAUCAAGUUGGAGAUCAUUCUGUCCGAGGCGAUCAUCUUCCAGAACUGCAUCACCGAACUGGAGAGCGAGGGCCUGGAGUGCCCCUGUGACAUAAGCAACGAGCUGACUCAGAAGAUCAACCAAGCUCAGCUGAAUGCCAAGAAGGGCAUCAAGGCCCAGCGGUGGAACACCAUUUGCCUGGAGGUGCCCUAUUCCAGCCUAAAGCUGGUGUCCAACAACGUGGUCAUCCUACUGAAGCGCCUGGAGCGCCACAUUCCCGUGCUAGCCAUCGCCUCCGCCAUCAAUGAACGGCUCACCGACAUGCUGAUGGGCUCCCGUGUGCCAGACUUUGGCUGGAACUUUAGUAAUUUCCAACGAGUCCUAAUGCACUCGGAGGCAGUGCGUCGGCAGACGUUCGAGAAGUGGCCCCACAUGGACUACAAGUGGGCUCUGCCCGAUCAAAUGGCCCAGGCCGGUUUCUACCAUCAGCCAUCUUCCUCUGGCGAGGAUCGCGCCAUGUGCUUCACCUGCAACGUGUGUCUGGUCUGCUGGGAGAAGACCGAUGAGCCGUGGAGCGAGCAUGAGAGGCACUCCCCGCUGUGCCCCUUCGUCAAGGGCGAGUACACGCAGAAUGUCCCGCUGUCCAUCACCUAUGCCACCAAUCCCGCAUUGCCAGCACCCGGACUAGGUUUCGACAUCAUAUCCAACAGUGAUUAUGCCAAUGUGCUUUGCACAAGUUGCUCUCAAACGGGCGAGUUGAGCGUUUGGAGCAUUGAACGUCACCUGAAGCUGAUGCACAGCAUCCAUGUUCCCACCCUGCUCAAGGACGUUUUCGAGGAGAGCUUCGAGUGGGCGCGGGUAACGGCCAUCUGUGUUCUACCGAAUGCAAGAGCCCGCACCAAGGUGAACUACGUGUAUUCGCCGGCGAAUUAUGGCGGAGCAGGAAGCAGUAGCGGAGUGGGAUCCCAUUCGGGAUCGAAUGCAGUAUCUAGUGGAAAGUUUGGCAGUGUGAAUGCCCAGCAUAUAACCUCCACGUCCACGCUUCGGGCCGGCGUUGUGGGAUCCAAGAUCGUUCUGGGCGUCAGCGUGCGCCAGAGCAGCGGCGAGUUGGCGCUGCGCAUGGUAGUGCUUAACAUUGUCGAGGUGGACCGAAGCAGUGAGACCUCAGCGAGCGUCAGCAAUGACAGUGGCAGCGUUUCCAGCGUUGGUGGUCAGUUGAUGAAGUCCUCAUCCCCUAUGGUCAAUGUGCCCGGCGAAAACAACGUGAACGUGACCCAAACGAAUGUCGAGUCCAAAGAUGAUGAUAAUAAGGCUAUGACCCCGUACGAGAAGUUCACCGACGGCUUCGAUAGCAACGGAUUUGUGUCAGCCCUGAUGACCUACAACAAGAACAACGGAGUGAGCCAAAACACCGACGAUGCCUCUGUUUUGUACGAUUUCGAUUUGUGCACCUUGUCCCAGAUCCUGGAUCACAAUCUGGAGGAACCGCUGAGUCUGAUGGUAGGAUCAAAUACGGUGAAUGUGAGUAAUCUUGGCAUGGGCAACGAGAUCGAUAAGCUUGUCGAGGAUGCGGUGAUGACUCACCAGAACAACAAUAACAAUAACAACAACAACGAGGCCAACUCACUGGGAGGAAAUUCCUCGAAUAACAACAACAACACCAUGAUCAACGGCAGCACCAACAGCAGCAGCGACAAGAUGACGGCCACCGAGGAGAUCGACUGUGUGGUGGAGAGUUGGACCAGUGUGAAGCGCAUGAAUGCUUUGGACGGCGCCAGUAGUGGGGCUAACGGUGUGACCCACUCGGUGCAAGAGAUCAUUGAGAUUGCCGAGAUCCUGCCCACUACUCCGAAAUGCAACCAGCUGCUGGUGAAGUUGCUGCGCACAAGGGCGCCGGAGACAGAGGGCAGUAAGAUCAUCAUGGCCACCGUGGCCAAGGAGGAAGAAGAGGAGGAUGAGGAGCAGCGGGCGGAAGAGUCAAUGGACACAGAUAAUAACGCCGAGGGAAAUGUUGCAGCUCAGCUGUUGGUCUUCGACUACGACGACACUCAAAUAUCCAACGAUUAUACCCUGGCCAUGACCUUCAGCCGAGCCAAGUGUCCCAAGCAGCUCUGCAUCCUGCCGCACUUCAACUCGUCUCUGGAGCACAAGGAUGCCGGCUCCAUAUGCGUGGUGUGUGCAGAUGGCAGCGUUGAGAUUUACUCGCUCGCCGAUUUCCAAGGCACCAUGGUGAUCGAGGAGGAGGGCGAACACUUUGAGUCUGUGGUUUACUGCCGCAAUCUAGACAGACUGUGCUGUUGCUCACGCCAGGGUGGUCUGCUCUUCUAUUCGCUAAGCGAGGGCGAGAACGACUCUGGAGACGAACUGCUUGAGAUGGAGGAUGACUGCAGUACCACCUUAACACAGGCAGCGGAUGUAAGUGUUACGGAUGGCGCGCGGCAUGUGGCUGGAUCAGACCUGUUGGGCAAGACCCUGAUCGCCAGCGACUCCAUUUCCGUGGAUGUUGGCAAUGAGGCAGCAGCAGUGUCGAGCUCGUCCAGCGGCGCGCAAGGUGUCCACGUCCAGACUUCUCCAUCUGCGGCUUCCACGGCUGCCGCCAAUGCCAACUUGCUCGCUUACAAGACGGCCGACCUGACACUAGAAGACCUAAAGGUCUUCUAUGCCCUUACGCAGUUCGACGAUAAGCUGACCGUCUAUUCUGCCGAGGUGCCCAGCUGUUGGAACGAUCUUGGCCAGGUGCAGAAACAGCGGAAGCAGUCGCAGAGCAUGCGGCACGGUGGUGACGAGCGGGAUUUCACGCGCACCUGGCGUCUGCACAAUGAUGCAACCACCUGGGACGAGCACAUUAUAGAGCUCAAUUUAGCCCAGCCCGUGUCCCUGGGUCACAUCGAUCUCAAGUUCACGGUCUAUCAGCAAUGCUCAAACCCCGCAGCGAUUCAGGUCACCCUACUGAAACAGAACACCAAUGGAUUUGGCUACCGGAUGAAGGGACCUCAUUCCAGUUACAAGCCGAAUGUCAUCGAUGACAACAUUGAUCUCUCUUAUAUUGCCAAUGAAAAUCCCGUGCUUAGUGAGGAGUACUUGCUAGCCCACAAUGCGGAGGUUCUGGCCGGUCCCAUCGAGCUCUCCUCGUGCAUCGAUCUGUGUGACCAAGGGGGAACCGCCACGCUCACUUCCCCGAAACUGUUUAAGACCCGCACCAGGAAUUUUCUACUGCACAUCAAAACAGUGUCGGAUCCAUCGAAAGAUGGGCAGAAUAAGACGAGAGCUUCCUCAACGCGGCACAAGCGCUCGCAUCAAGUUGAGAAAUUAGUGGAUCGAAACAAGAUCAAUAGGAACUCUUUUAAUAUGGCCACUAUUCUCCGGGCGGUCAAGACAGCGGUUCUUAAAGUAUAUCCAGCGGCGAAAAGCGCCUGCAUUAAUAUCAUUCAAGUGAAAAAACCGAAGUAUCAGACCGGUGAACCGGUGUUCGUAGCCAAUAUCUCAAAAAAAAAGUCCCAAGGCCAGCCAGUCGCAGUUACUCCCUCUGUGGGACGCAGGCCCGAGCAAGUGCCGAGUAGGGAAGGUUGCGACUGGCUACACGAGAUUUCCAUCAGUGUGCGCGCGGUCAAGUCUCACAGUAGGAUCGCUAAUGGCCGGAUGCUGCGCAUAGCCAUGCUGGAGAGCAACGUUUUGCUGGUUCAGCUGCUGCGCAUCGCCAGUGAUCCGGCGUCCAGCCCGCUGGCCAAGAACCUGUCGCUCGACGUGCUCAACUGGAUCUGUUUCAUCAGGCUAAAUCGAUUCCGAUCGCCCAAGUCGGAGCGGCUCAAGGACCAGAUCAACAAGCAGACAGCAGCCAACAUUCAGGAUCUGCUGGCGCAGCAGUUCGAGUGCAUUUCCCUCGCGGAGAAGCAUAUCGAGCAGUUGCUGCGGAACUGCGUCAUCUACAGCGAACGGAGUACGGCCCACAAAUGUGUGAAGCUGCUCAUCAUGCUGACAGAGGGUGCAACCAAUCUGCCAGCAGAGGUGCAAGAUCACACAACGCUGGACUACAGCUUUAAAUCUGCGAUUGCCAACACAUUUCCGGAACUGCCGCGCGCGCAGUGCGGAAGUGUGGUGCGCUGGUAUAUGAUGCUCACCUGUGCCACAUCCACGGCCCAGUCGCACAACAGCAUCUCCGAGCUGGCCAUCAAUCUGUUGAAGGACAUUGCCACCGAGAUUGACAAGCGCUGGGAUCCGCACUGUGCUCUGCUAGCCACGAGAUUUGGCCUCUACGGCUAUCCCUUCGAGCCGGAAAUAUUUGACUUCGACUUCCCCAAUGUCAGCAGGCAGGGACCAGGCUCCUCUGUGGCCCUCACUAACGUGAUACGCAGCAGUUCUACUAUUCUGCCGGUGACCGGACUGGACAUCAAGCGAUUGAGCUCCAUAGAUGGCGUAGACUUUCGGACGUUCCCAUAUCUGAUCCGCGGCAAGAGCAUCAGUAACCAGCUUCGUGGAUUGUUAGAGGUGGUGCAACUCCAUUUCAACUGCGUCCAAACAUCCGAGGCCACGCGAAUCGACAACAUCGACAGUGUUGGAGGAAACUCCGCGGCCAAUGUGGUCAUCGAGGAUGUGAUGAUGAUGCCGAAGUUGGUUGUGGCCAAGGAGAAGGGCGAGGAAAUGCUCAACGAUCUGGUCAAUGAUGUGGAAUGCCUGGUGGAGGAAAUGAAGGAAAAACAGGGCAAGGUCGACUACGAUGCAUUUGGCCUGGUCAAUGGCUUCAAGGACAAAACUUCAGGGUCCUCUCUUGCGGACUCCCUGGAACACGCUCUAAAACAGGAGGUUAAAAUGGAGAAGGCUGCCAUCAUGGAUAAGCUUAAGAUGUCGAAGUUCCUGCCCAAGUUGUCGCUGUUCGAAAGCUACAUGCAGAAAAAGAUAUACGAGCACAUCUCCUUCGAUGACUUUGGCAAACUAGACAACUGGGACGGUAAUACAACGCCUCCAUUUAAUAUGGAGCCGGGGGCCCCCAUCAAGGGCCAGGAAACUACUUCCGAACCGAACCCGUCGCAGCAGACAACAUCGUCAGGUGAAAACAUUCUGGAUGACGCUGCGGAGAGCGAGAAAAUCAUGGAGAACUUGAACGCAAAUCCCUGCCAGCCAAUUGCCUGGCACAAGCUAAUCACUCCACCGCCCAAGCAGAUGAUAGUCAUAGAUCGGAUGCACUCGGGUGCCAGACGAUUUGUGGUCCUGGAUUUUGGCCAGCACAUCCUACUCACGGAUCUGGUGAUUCCCUCGUGCGAUGAGUUGACUUCCCUGAACAUUGACAUCUGGUGUUUUGACGAGGAAACGGAUUGCACGCGCUUGGUACAGGUCAACGACAUCCAGACCAAGACCCUUGUGCUCAGCGACAUUCAGCCGGCGCCAAUUUGCCGGUACUUAAAAUUAACCAUUAUUGGUCGAAUUGGCAUGUCGUCCACAAAGUGCAAGGUGCCCUUGGGACGCUUCUUUGGCCACCCGGUUGUGCUGGAGCACGACGGCUAUGGGGAUCAGCUGAUGAGGUUCAUCAAGCAGCCCGUCCAGAGCCUUCAAUCGCAAUUGAAAUCGCUUAAUGCCCUGUACGAGGAUGUGCACUGUCGUUACAGCCUGGCCAGCUGCAAACUGAUGGACCUGCUGGCUCCCAUGCGGAACAGUGAGCUGUCUAACGUGGCCCACCUCCAGGCCUUCAUCAACAAGCAGCGCGACGAGGAGCUUAGUGGCCUGGAUAACAACAAUAAAGUGGUUUCACUGUACGAUGAAUGCAUGCUUCUGCAGUAUCAGAUCAAUGUGAUCCGGAACGUGGUGCUCCGUUUGGAACGCGCUAUUUCCCCCAAUGCUUUGGGUAACACGCCUCCUCCGGGACAGCCCAUUCCGAUAACGGAGGAAAUUUUGCGAUCUGCAUCGCGGGACAAGCUGCGAGUACUCAGUUUGAGUUUGGUGGAGGUGCUGCUGCACUUCUCCAUCGAGUAUGGAAUCAAGAACAUCCUGCCCGUUCACCAGAAGUUCAACUCGGCCACGGCGAAGGCGCUCUUCAACUCCCUGGUGGUCUACGGUGACGCCCAACUGCAGUUGGCUACCUGUUCGCUGUUGGUGCGAAUGUGCUGUUUCCAGCCGUGGUGGGGAGACUUCCUCGCCGACACCUUCUGCAGCCUGUUCUCCGCACAGAACUGCAAGGCUUUCCCCCAGGAUCGCAUAUUCUUUUUGCUAACCUACCUGGGACGUCGCAGCAUUGCCAUGGGCGCCUGCCGAUCCAUUGUGAUUGACGCCGUGCUCAAGACGCUCGUCAAGCUGCUGGCACCCAUCUCCCCGCAUUACAAAUUCCAGUCGGAGCAGCCCAGCACAUCGGCAAACGCUGCUGAUCGCAGCGCAGCCAUGGGCACCACCUCUGAUCUACAGCUGAUCACCUGGCUGCUGCUGUUUCUAUCCGUCUGUCUGGACGACAACGAACGCAAGGAUAAGUCAGCUGCUCGCUGGGACUUUAUGAGCUGCGAGAGCGAUUUCACCAAGACCAGGCCCAGUAACACUCCCAACAGCAAGCAACUGCGCUGCUUUAAGAAGCGCAUCAUCCAGCAGAAUAAGUACUCGGUCCAGCCGUACACCGACUGGGGAAAGAAGAUAUACAUGAUACAGAAUGAGCAUCCUGGUAUUUUCAUGGAGCUCUCGACGAAAUCGAAGGGCAGUGGACCCAGCAAGACGGCCGCCGCCGGUAGCAAGAUCAACAUGGCUGGCCUCUGUGUGGGAAGCAGCAGCUCAAGUAGUAGUGCAUCUAAGAGCACGGUAGCCUCCACAUCCUCGCCCAAACACCAGGAUGUCGCGGGAAGUGAUGGCGACCGCGACAGCAACUUUGACAAGGGAUUAAAGACUCUUCGAAUGGCCAACAUCAAGGUGGUCAUUCGGGGGCUCUUUGCCCUGCUGCUGGAAAUGGAUUUUGAUUGCAACAUGGACCAGUUUCUGCUCACUUGCAAGGUGAUCGCAAGGUUGGUGGCGGCAUGCCGACCGUCUGUGCAGCUCUGCAAGAUUGUGACCACCUCCCAGCUGGAGCAGCUGGUUCGUCUGUCCGUGUGGAAUGAUCAGCAGCAGCCCUGGGCUGUCCACGCUAUUACUUGUUUGCUUCAAGAUCUUUUGGAUGCAGACAAGCAGUUUAGGGACAAUGAUGUCACUCCCACCAAUGAUGCACCACGAACCAUGGAAGCUUCAGUGCAGGAAACUAGAGAUUUAUUCAGCGACUAUACCUCCACUGCUUCCUCGUGCACUGAGGCACAAUUUGAGAUGCUGAUGCCGACAGCUAGAGAAUUUUAUCAAGAGGCCGUCAAAUAUAAUUAUUUGCCAUCAUUGAUUGAGUGCGAUGACACGGAAUUCGAUGAAAUGCUCAACGACAUAGAUAUGAUCGAGCGUACAAAGCCAGUGACCAAGAAGGAGAGCAACGCCCUGUGCAAGAACACCUUCAAUUUCUUCUGCAAGUCCAUCUCCAUUGCCCUGGACUCACGGUUGGACGUGGGCUUGGAACUGCAUGUGGAAACGCUGCUCAGAAGGCUCACGAACCGCACCUCCCUGGAUCUCUACUCCUCGCUGCCGCAGGUAUUGACCAAUGAGUUUGUCUCUCCGCCACCGGAGGCUGCUCCCUGGCCGGAGUACUUGACGCAACUCUGGUCAGGCACGGAGUACAAUGGUCGGAACACAUAUGUGAUGUUCAAGAAGGUCUUCGACUCCAUCCUGGCGGAUUUGCACUAUGAAGACACUUGGGUGCACCUGGAGCAGGUGCUGCAGAUGUGGCUCACGCUGAACUGCGAGCUUUCUGAUAAGCCGUACACCAGUGGCAUCACCCAUACGGAUGUUCCGAAGAUUCCCUUUGGGGCGAAUGCGGUGCAGGGACUGCUCCUGGCCCUGGCUUGGCACAAUGACAUCAAGCUGCGCACCUGGUGUCUGGGCUUCCAGUGCCUGUUCCUUGCCUGCAACUCACUGCCCAUUGGCGAGGAUGCGGACUGUACGCGUAUCAACGAGGUCAUUGUGAACGAUGAGAACUUUGAGAAGAUGCUGCUGCGGUUCUUCUCGGGCUACGGCAUGAGCUCAUCUAUCAUAACCAACCGAUGUGCUGGACCAACCAUCUGCAAGCAUUUGCAUGAGUUGCUGCUGUGGCUGCACAGCAAAAGCGAGACUAGUGGCAUUCCCUGCAAGCGCCGGCUCAAGGACAUCUUGUUGCAUGUUGUACUUCAGUUGGUGCAACCUGGUGGUGCUAUAAGCAACCAGCAGGGUCCCAUCGAUGCUCAGAAUCAACUGGUUCGGGAUCUGCUCAUGAUGCCCAACGACAAGGGAGAUCUCAACAUUGCGCUCAAGAUCACCGAAAGUGUUUCUUUCUUGGUCUACAACAACAUUUCCAAUGGCGAGAAACUGCAGUGCCAGCGUGGCAAUGAGAACAACACGGCUGGCAACAACUUUAGCAAUCUGUUUGCCAAUGUUCUGGGAUCGGAGAAUCCCACCAAGCAGAAUGCCACAAUCUGCGACAACUCGCUUAUUAUAAACCUGCUGAAACUGUCCUCGCACAUGGUUCUCACGGAGAUGCCCAGGCAACCAAGUGAGGUUACCAUACCCGAGGAGGAGGAGUUAUCCAAUCAAAGUCAAACAGACGAGACUAAAGCGGAACAGCUGAAUACGGAGGGACAUCGCAGCAAAGUGCCAUGCAUAGCAGAUUGGGUUCUGCGUCAUUUCCCCACGAUGAAGCGCCUCUUUGGAACACUCUCCCAGUGCUCCACAAGCACUUUUACCAUGAUGUCCUCUGGUUGCUUUUUCUCACUGAAAUCGAAUAUGGUUUUGGACGAUCCACAAACCAUCGCCGAUGCGGUCUUUAGUUUGAUGAUAACCCUCAGUGACAAGGCCUCCAAUCCUCGACUGGUUGUUGCACCCAUUUGCCAAUACCUGGAAGAAACCACCAUUCAAAGAAAUUCGACGCUGCCGCGUCUGCCGCUAUCGGAACCCUUCCUGUGGUACAUCUCAAAGGUCCUGGAGGUCACAGCGGCAGUUCAGACGUUCACCCAGCUGGGUGGAAUUCAGAUUAUCUGUCACAACCUAGUGCGGCUCAAUAAGACGAUCAUCAACAUGCAGCCAGGAUUGAUCUCGUUGAUUAUGCAGCACUUGACCCGCAAUACACGCUUUAAGCGGAACACUCAUGUGGCGGCAAACAGUGCGUGCAAGAAGACAACAACUGGAACGGGGACAACUGGAGCAACAACAGCACAGCCCCCGAGAAGUGGAGCUCAGUACGAUGGACUGAUCAACUUUGCACCCUUCUCGCACAUUGUCUCCGAAAACGAUGCAGCUCAAAGUGCCGAGGUUCUAAUCUCGAACCCGAAUAAUUCACAUCGAAGGCCACGAUCUCCGGCCUGGAGCUACAUGUUCUACCCAAAUGAGACGCACGUGGAUCUGACCAUCACGCUUCCCACAGCGAUUCUGUUGAAGGAGGUGCAGCUAGUGCCGCAUACAACGAGUCUGGCCUCCUGCCCCUCGGCGGUGGCAUUGGAGUUAUCCAGAGAUUAUGGAGUGGGCUCUAUCCCAGUGGGUGCACCCAUGGCCACCACCGGGCUGACCUGCAUAAGGCUGAAGCUGGCCAAGGCGGAGGUGGCUACCAGCAUUGUUCUAAGGCUGUACAAACCCAAGGAUUGUGGUAAUGUGGGUCUCGUCCAAAUCGCUGUGCUUGGCCAGACGAUCUUCGGGAAUCGCAUGCAGGGCCUUCGAUCGCCUAGUCCCUUCAUCGAUUCCCUGGCCUCGUGCUCCUCGCCUUUGCAAACGGCUGCUCUAGCUGCGAUGGACGCUGAUGCUAUGCUUGAGGACGAUGCCUUCGCCAAGACGAGCAUUGGCUGGGUGCGGAUCCUGUCACGCUGCUUCCACGUGGCCGCCCUGCAACCUGACAGCAAGCUGGCGGAUCUGAUCGCCGCCUAUCCAGCUGCUUAUCCUGGCUUCCUAGAGGCCUGCUGCUCACUGCUCAAUAUAAUGCCAAUGAUUCCAAGCCUUGCUCAGCAGCACCUGGAAACCAUUUUGCUGAAAUUGGGUGCCUAUAACCACGAGCUUAGCUUGCAGCUACUUAGGACACUUCUAUGGCACACUACUCCCCAAGUUUUUAAACUGUCCAGCGAUGCGGUGUGCGAUCUCAUCCACGAAGUGGUCACCGGUUCCACGGAGCACUUGCUUGACAAAUUGCGCGUCCUGAUCGACUGGGUGAUGCAACUGCACGACAACUACAGUCAGCAGGCGCGCUGCAAUAAUCCACAAAGCGGAUUUGUCAAAGUCAUUGCUUCUAUUCUGUGGAAAGUGCAGACACAACAGCAACUCCCCGAGUUGCCCCUGCUCAUUUCAUCCUCGCUGUUUGAGACCUGUUUUGAAUGGGUGUCGUCCCUGGAGCACGAUGAGCCUCUAAAAAGUAGCUUUGACUCCCUACUGUGUGCUUUGUGUUACAUCAAGCCGGAGCUGUUCAACCAGUUGCUGGUCAAGUUGGGAGUGAAACUAGAGCCUCCAGCUCGCGGCCAAACGGAUGACAGCAAGGUGCAAAGCGGCAGUGCCUGGUUCCGACGCGAGGGUAGCGAGAAUCUCACCGUUCUGCUGCAGCGUCCCACAUUCCUGAAGACUCUGGCUUUGGCCUGUCAGUCUCCGGCGGCAGUAUACCAAAUGUUGGACUCGGGUCUGCCUAAGCUAUUGUCCCACGCCAUAUACGAGUAUUGCAUGCACCUGUUGCCUGGAUCGGAGCAGGAAGGCGCUGCAGCCACAGUCGCUGCAGGGGAAGGGGAAGCUACGGCCAACAACCAAGCAGCUGCUGCUCCAGCGGAUGACGAGGACUCCUCCCUAACGGACUUUGACAAAGCCGAAGCCAAUGCUAGCAAUAAUACUCCGCUGCUCAGUAGCUCCAAUGUCCCCAAAGUGCUGGACUUCUUUGCCGAAUGCUGUGCCGAGGGUCCUAUGCGAGAUUGGCUGGGCACCAUGCAGGGUUCCGUGUUCUGGAAGCCACUGCUGCAGCUCCUCUGCAACACCCAUGCCGCCCAGUUCAGCAAGACGCUGCCCAUGCAGCAAUCAUUCAUCCGCUUGGAACGAGCCACCAUCAACUUCUUUACGCGGGUCAGCGCCUGCCAUCCCGGCAACCAGGAGGUGCUUACACAGCUGCUCAUCGGAGCCAUAAUUUGCAAACCACUAAGAUCCUCGCAUGGUGUUCGGCCCACCAUAUCUGGAUUCACCAGGCAGCUGGUGCUGCAGCUCCUCCUGGAGAACGAACACAUCACAGUCUCGGUGAGAAGUCAGCAGCCCCUGCAGCGGAGGGACACCCUGUCCGCCAUCCUGGGCGGGAAUUCGAGUGGUGCCAGCACCAGCUUGCCGGUGGCAGCUGUGAAUAAUCACCCGGCCAAGCGGAGCAGCGCCCACCACAUGCUGUUCACGGUGACCACCAGCACCACGUGCCAGGAGAUUAUGCAGAAUUGCGUCAGUGUGUAUAGUAACCUAGUUUAUCAACAACCAACAGAUCAACGAGCAGGCGAGGCCUCGGCCUCCAGCAGUGGCGUGUCCAGUGCGACUGCCAAGUCAAGUGAUAGCAAGUUGGAGAAGAGCAGCUUCCUGAACUUCAACAACGUUGAGGCGGGCAGCAUGGAGUUCCUCACCGUUGGAGCCGCCGUGGCAGCCAAGGACAAGCGUGUUAAGGAUGCCAAGAACCAGGCGGCCAUGAACAAAGACAAGGAGACUCAGACCAGCACUCUGAACAUGGCUUCCAGUGAGGAUACCCUAGAUAUUUUCAACGUGGAGGAGUUCCUGUUGCAAUCAGCGAACGCAGCCAAUGGCAACCAGUUGGUUAUACCGGAGUAUUCUGAUAUCGUUUUGGCGGGAGAUGCGACCAUUUCGCAGGUUUUGGCUUCACUUCAAGAUGCUGGACACUCGCUGUCGACGCCCUGCAUAUCGCUCGAUCUGGUUCCCCAGCCGCGGGCGGAUGAUGCGAGCGAGGCAAAGAAGACGAAGGCUGUCUGCACUGAGCCGUUACCAUCACCGCUGCAGCGAUUUUCGACCAGCGGUGGCCUCUCGUUACUGGCCCACUACCUGCCUACUGUCUAUCCGGAGCACUCGGGCAGGAAGACCACACUGGUGGUCAGCGAAAAGGAGAAGAGUCCGCCGCUCUCAGACUGGGUGAAAUUGGAGCCCAACGACGAGAUUUAUGAGGAUCUGGAGGACACCAUAUGCGAGCCAGCGGCCAAACAGGCAACUGUCAGCUCAGUGCCGCAGCACUCGCUAGCCGCAUUUGGAUUAUUCCUGCGGCUGCCCGCCUACUCGGAUGUCCUGCUGCGGGACAAAAUGCGGGCGCAGUGCCUGCUCCGUUUAGUGCUGGGAGUCACGGGAGACGGCGAGGGCAAUGAUAUAUACAGCUUGUCGCUAGCGCCUUCGCUUCCAACCCUGCCCUUUGAGGUGUUCCGUCAGCUCUUGGACAGUGUGCCGCUGUCGACCGACGACGGUGUGCUGCUCCGUCGCGUGGUCAUCGAAGUAGGUGCCAUGCACCUAGUGCUCAACUGCCUCGGCAUCUUCUCGCAUCAGUCGCACAACAACCGGAUUGGAGCACCGAUGAACGAGCCCUCACCAAGUGGAACCAGCAGUGGCAGUGGCACUAUUGGUGGUACUGGCAGUGGAAACGGAAGUGCCAGCGGUGUCAAGGCAAAUGCACCGGAGGAGGCCACCCCUAGUGCAACGUCAGACGAUAAGAGCCACAUGUACUGGGCCAAGGGAACGGGUUUCGGCACCGGAUCCACCACGCAGUCUUGGAAUGUGGAGCAGGCGCUGCUCCGCCAGAAGAGUGAGGAAGAGCAUGUCACAGUGUUGCUGCUGGUUCUGGCAAGUUACAUAAAUCCGGGUGACUGCAUACCGAGUGACAUGUGCGGGGAGGAUAUCCUGGCCUACCAUGAUGUCCGAGAUGUUACCGGCGAGCUACCGCCCAUCUUCCAAACCCUCCUGCAGCAGUCUUGCCUGAUCCCCGCCCUCAGCUCCUACCUGCGCAACGAUUCCGUGCUGGACAUCACGCGCCACAUUCCGCUGUAUCGUGCCAUAUUGAAGCUUCUGCGGGCCCUGUCGCUGUCCAAGAUGCUCGUCUCGUUGCUUCAGCCGGCGGCUAGUGGCAGUGGGGAGAGCACGCCUCCCAUUGUGGAGCUGCUCACGAACAUGAAGACCUGCGUGGAUACAUAUGCCAAGCGGUUAAAGGUAAACAAGAAGUCAAACAUCAAGGGUCAGACACAUCAGUUGACCUUCAACAUCGAUGACGGCGACGACGAGGGAUUAGCUCUGCUCAUUCCGGACAUCCACGAAACAAGUGUCCUGGUGCAGAAGACCACGGAUGCGGAUGCCAUGAUUAACAUGCUGCACACCAACGAGGACGGAAGUGGGCAGCUGGAGCCGCUGAGCAAAUCCAUUGAGCAGCGCUACCUGGAGCUAAUGAAAAAGCGCCAGUUCGACACAUUCGAUAUGAUUGUGGAGUCGGACAACAACAGCUUCCGGUUUGUGGUCUCGCACCACUUCGAGAAGAUGGUGCGCCUCGCCGGCGAUCGCUACCAUCCGUCACGGGUCAAGCGACUAGCCCAGGAGGCUGUGACACUGUCCACCAGCCUGCCCCUCAGUUUUAGUAGUUCUGUAUUUGUGCGCUGUGAUACGGAUAGAUUGGACAUCAUGAAGGUACUCAUCACUGGACCGGCGGACACGCCUUAUGCCAACGGGUGCUUCGAGUUCGAUGUCUUCUUUCCGCCGGACUACCCCAACCAGCCCAUGCUCAUCAAUCUGGAGACCACGGGCCGCCAUUCGGUGCGCUUCAACCCCAACCUCUAUAACGACGGCAAGGUGUGCCUGUCGGUUCUAAACACCUGGCACGGUCGGCCCGAGGAGAAGUGGAAUGCGCAGACCUCCAGCUUCCUGCAGGUGCUGGUCUCCAUCCAGUCGCUGAUCCUCGUCCCCGAGCCGUACUUUAAUGAGCCCGGCUUUGAGAGGAGUCGGGGCACUCCGAGUGGCACCAACUCGUCGCGGGAGUACAACAGCAAUAUCUAUCAGGCCUGCGUGCGCUGGGCGAUGCUGGAACAGAUACGCAGCCCAAGUCAAUGCUUUAAGGAUGUCAUACACAAGCAUUUCUGGCUGAAGCGCGAGGAGAUCUGCGCCCAGAUCGAGGGUUGGAUCGAGGAGCUGGGCAAGCCCCAGUACACGGAGAGGGCUAGUCGCACUAUUUCCUUCAACUCAAUGGUUCUGCGGCGUCACUACCGCCACCUGCGUGAGGAGUUGUCCAAGCUGAAGCCGCCUCGCGGCCUUGAGGACUUGGAUGCACCGUUCAAUCCGGUGGCCACGCUGCCUCCUAUGGAUGUGUCAGCGGCUCCUGCAGCGGCAGCCACCAAUACGGCCCAGGUGGGAACAGAGGAAGCGAUAGCGCCUGACAUGAAUCUGCUAGGCGAGACUGUGGAGGAUAGCGAAGUUGAUGGCGAAGCUGAAGGCGACGGCGAUGUGGAUGACGGCUUCAAGGGUUUCCCACAGGAGGAGGGAUUGCUGACGGGCGAAGAAGAGGUGGUAGAAAUUCUGAGUGAUACAGAGAACGAGAGCAGUGUGUGGCAAGAGAAAGAAGAGGAGGAGCUCUGAAUCCACGGCUGCUGCCCAAGGACGUUGGAGAUGGAUUCGAUGUGAUGCCCAGAAGCUGCUUGGCCCGGCCUCCCGCACUUCGCUGCCCUAGACAUUUUUUAUUUAUAUGCUAUGAUUUUUGUUUUACGCCUUUAUUUGUUUUAGUUUUUGUAAGAGAGAGACUGCAACAGAACUUGGUGUGCUUUACUUAAUGGAACCGUAAUGAUUAAUGUUAAACAAAUUACGCUAAAGACCUUCGCGCGGAAGAAGGCGUGCACACAUACAGAAUGCAUACACUCGCCCACAAAGCAUUGUCAGAAACUUUCCAUUCAAAAUCAAACAAAAAAAUGAAUAUCCCACUCCAUACAAGUAUGUAUGAUUAUUGUAUCGAACUUUUUAUAAAUGCUUAUAUAAACGGAUCUAUCAAUUUCUACAAGAAUAACCCGUGUGUGUAUAGAUUAGAACGGACAUGCAAGUCAUUGAAAAUAUCACCACUAUAAAACAGUAACAACAAGAAAAACCACCAAAACUAAAUAAAUGUGUAUUAAACUAUGUAUGUACGUAGUGAUUUAGUUAAAUAUUUACAGAAAAUUGUGAACAGUUACUUUUCCAAUUGAAAUAAAACGCGAGAUACAUUUUGUUUCCCCCAAAA